UCACAGCAGGUCGCACAGUUUGAGGAUGUGAAGUUUGAGGCGGCGAGUCUCCUGUCGGAGCUGUACUGUCAGCAGAACUUGGUUGAUUCGGCGAAACCGCUGCUGCGGAAGGCCAUCCAGAUCUCACAGCAGACCCCCUACUGGCACUGCAGACUGCUCUUCCAGCUGGCGCAACUGCACACGCUGGAGAAGGACCUGGUGUCAGCCUGUGAUCUGCUGGGGGUCGGAGCAGAAUACGCCAGAGUCGUGGGAUCCGAGUACACCAGAGCUCUCUUCCUGUUGAGCAAAGGCAUGCUGCUGCUGAUGGAGCGUAAGCUGCAGGAGGUUCAUCCGCUGCUGACUCUCUGCGGACAGAUCGUGGAAACCUGGCAGGGAAACCCCAUCCAGAAGGAGUCGCUGCGAGUGUUCUUCCUGGUGCUGCAGGUCACACAUUACCUGGACGCCGGACAGGUGAAGAGCGUCAAGCCGUGUCUGAAGCAGCUGCAGCAGUGCAUCCAGACCAUCUCCACGCUCCACGACGAUGAGAUCCUGCCCAGUAACUCGGCCGAUCUCUUCCACUGGCUGCCCAAAGAGCACAUGUGUGUCCUAGUCUACCUGGUGACGGUCAUGCACUCGAUGCAGGCUGGGUAUCUGGAGAAAGCUCAGAAAUACACUGAUAAAGCCCUCAUGCAGCUGGAGAAGCUGAAGAUGUUGGACUGCAGCCCCAUCCUGUCCUCGUUUCAAGUCAUUCUGCUGGAGCACAUCAUCAUGUGUCGUCUGGUGACGGGACACAAGGCCACGGCGCUGCAGGAGAUCUCUCAGGUGUGUCAGCUCUGUCAGCAGUCUCCACGGCUCUUCUCCAAUCACGCGGCUCAGCUCCACACGCUGCUGGGCCUGUACUGUAUCUCUGUUAACUGUAUGGAUAACGCUGAGGCCCAGUUCACUACAGCGCUGCGGCUCACUCCCCAUCAGGAGCUGUGGACCUUCAUCGUCACUAACCUGGCGAGUGUGUACAUCAGAGAGGGAAACAGACAUCAGGAGCUGUACAGUCUAUUAGAGCGGAUCAACCCGGACCAAAACUUCCCCGUCAGGUGUGAGAGUGUCAGUGAUGCUGAUGAUCGUGUGUGUGUGUGUGUUUGCAGGCGUUUCCUGCGCGAGACGCUGAAGAUGUCGAAUGCGGAGGAUCUGAAUCGUCUGACGGCCUGCUCUCUGGUGCUGCUGGGACACAUAUUCUAUGUGCUGGGGAACCACAGAGAGAGCAACAACAUGGUGGUUCCUGCGAUGCAGCUGGCCAGUAAGAUCCCAGACAUGUCUGUGCAGCUCUGGUCAUCCGCUCUGCUCAAGGAUCUCAACAAGGCCUGCGGGAACUCCACUUCCGCUGCGAUCGCUGUGAGGAGGGAUACGAGGGCCGUUACUGUGAGAGGUGAGGUCAUGUGA